AUGUCCGCGGUGGCCUACAUGGACUUCGUGGCUGCCCAGUGCUUGGUCUCCAUUUCCAACCGCUCCGUGGCCCAGCCGGACGUGACCUGCGAAGCCGACGAGGUCCUGAAGAUGCCCGAGGAGGAGGAAGCCGCCGCCGCCGCUGCCGCCGUCGUGACCAAGGAAAUGAACGACCCCCGCGACGCCUGGAAGGAUUAUUGCACGUUGGUGACCAUCGCCAAGAGCUUGCUGGACUUGAACAAAUACAGACCCCUCCCCGCCCCUUCUUCCAUCUGCAGCGACAGCGUGGAGAGCCCCGACGAGGACAUCGGCUCCGACAGCGACGUGACCACCGAAUCGGGCUCCAGCCCUUCCCACAGCCCGGCCGAGGGCCAGGAGGCUGCCCGCGGGGCCGGCGCCUUGGCGCUCCUGCACGGCGGAGGGCCGGCCAAAGGGAAGCUGGCCGCCGAAAAGAGACACAAGUGCCCCUACAGCGGCUGUGGCAAAGUGUACGGCAAGUCCUCCCACCUCAAAGCCCACUACCGAGUGCACACAGGUGAACGACCUUUUCCUUGUACAUGGCCAGAGUGCCUUAAAAAGUUCUCUCGCUCCGAUGAGCUAACAAGGCACUACCGAACCCACACUGGGGAGAAGCAGUUUCGAUGCCCACUUUGUGAGAAGCGGUUCAUGCGGAGCGACCAUCUCACCAAGCAUGCCCGUCGCCAUACUGAAUUCCACCCUAGCAUGAUCAAGCGAUCUAAAAAGACCAGCUCUGCCUCCUUUUGA